AUUCACAUAAAUCAAAAAUUAAUACUUAAAAAUACAAAGAAAACAAAAGCAAUAGAUAAAUAAUUUAUUAUUCUGACAGAAAAAAUAGAAAUAAAAGAAAAAAAAUUAAAACAGAGUUCUAUGCCCCCUCAAAAAAAAAAAGGAGCCAAAAUAUAGAUUAAGAAUCAGUAGAAGCUAGCUAAAGCUGAAGAAUAGAUAUAGUCUUCCAGCUAUCAAACUUAGAAGGAAGAUAUUGAAAACACUGGCUAGGAGUAAAUAAAGUAUGACAACCCUAUAGAAGAUGAUAUUUAGAAUAAUGUAGUCCCUAUGUCUUCCCCUUAGAAAACUUAGAUUCAGCAAGAAACUAAUAAUAAUAUUAAAGGAAGAAAAAGACAAGCACCAAAACUCACUUAGCAAGAAACUCUCAUAGAAGAAGCACCCCUUCGCUAAUAACCUGCUCGUACUAGACGCUAGUUGGCCAGCUAAAGUAAUUUUACUUAAGGUUCCAAAAAAAUAGAUAGGAAAAUUGAUGAUCAAAAUGAAAACCUUAAAGGUUAAAUCUCUUAACAAAAUGUAAGAGGUUCUAAGAAAAAAGAAAAUUCUGAUCAAAAAGGUAAAAAGAACUAGUAAAAGAUAGUAAUUGAAAGUUAAGAAGAUGAUAUUGAAGACGAUAUAAUAGAAGAAGGCUAAAUAAAGCCAGAAGAUCUGCCUUUGAGAUAAGCUAAAAAAGGAUCACAAUAAGAACCUUCUUUAUAAGCAUAGGGAAAGCAAUAAAAUAAUCGUAGUUCACAAAAUCUAAACUCUAAUAACUAAUAGUAACAGAAUUAAGCAAAAAAAGCUUAAUAAUAAAAUCAACAGCCUGUAUAAACUUAAUUGUCAAACAAUAACAAAUCUCCUACACCCUAAAACAAACUAGGUGUAUCUUAAAAUGAGAUAAAACCUGCAGAUGCCCUACAAAAAAAUAAUACUACUCAAGCAGCAGCAAUAUCUCUUGAAAAUUCUAACUAAAAUAGUGGUGAUAAACCUAAUAGUGGAGAAAAAAAGAAAUUGACUCUUAGAGAAAUGGAAGGCCUGAGUAAAUUAUUAAGCAUCCAAGUUGAUGGAUUAAAAAUGAAAGAACAACAAAUGUAGAGUAUGUUGUAGAAUUAAAAUAUCAGUAGCAACCCAAUAAUUAAUAACAACAUGGGAAAUAGUAAUUAUAGAUCUAAUCAAAGUAAUUUGUAAGUGUAGAAUACUUAAGCAACAUAGUUGAAUGGUCCAAACCCUAACUACAGUAUUCAAAAUCUAUUAAAUGGAAAUUUGACAAGAAAAAUGGUUAAGCCAAAUAAUCAUUUCGUUUAGAAGUAAGCUAUUAUAUACAAAAAUUUAAAUAAUCUAAGAAGCUAAUUAAAUGAUAACCACAUUGUGAUAGAUGAUGAUUAUAUAGACGAUAUUGAAAAUUAAACAUUUGAUAUAGAGAGUAAGGAUGUAGAUAUCGAAAAUUUAAAUGUAAUUACUACUAACCCAAGUUAUGCAAUUCAGUAAAAAGUCUAAAAUAGAAAUUAAGUAGAUUAGAGGACUCCUCUCAGAUCAAUUACUCCAUAAAGUAAAACUUCAUUCAACUAAUAAGCUAUGAAUAAUAAUAUGAAUCAGAGACCUCAAUACAUUCAAUAGCAUUAAAAUACUUAUGGAUAUUAAUAAAAUAAUAUCCACUAAAGAAAAAGUGUUACUCCUACAGGAAAAAUGGGGAUUCCUUAAUCUAACUAGCAAAAUUUAGGAAAAGUAACACCAAUAGGAUUAAAAGGAGGCAAGAUAACACCUAUUAUUUAAAAAUAAUAAAAUCAACCAACCCAUCAGCAUUUAGCCCAACAAUCAGUAUUAAAUAAUAACUUGAAUGGAGGAAAAAGAACACCAAUUACAUAUGGUAAUUAAUAGCAAAACCAUUAGUAAUCAACUCUAAUAGAAAUCGAUAAUGAAAUUUAAUCAAGAUUAGAAAUGAUUAGAUAAAAUAUAGGUCCUCUUCUGGCUUGCUUAAACUCUGACAUCAUGGGAGGAAACAACUAAUAAUAGUAGUAGCAAUAAUAACAAUAGUAAUAAUAAUAAGUACCUUAAUAAUAAAUAAAUUAGGAAAGUUCUUAUAUAAACAGAAGGAUAUACUAAGAUAUGAGAGAAAGGAGAAUUAAUUAAUUUGAUAAUUAGUAAUUAUCAAAAUAAGUUUAAAUGCAGCCUUAAUUAUAAUAAUAAUAAUAGGUGAGAGGAAGAAGCUUAACUCCAACUAUUUAAACAAAUAGAAGACAUUUUGAUAUAGACAAUAAUAAAAUAAACAAUAAUAAUAGUAAUGGUUUUGCCCAUAAUAAUGGAUAAAUUUUACCUAGGAAAGUUGUUACACCCAUUAGAGGAAUAUAAUAGCAAUAAUAGCAAAUAUAAAAUUAAGAUCAUUAAUAAAUACCUAUAGGUAGAAAUUAUGAUGCCAGAGCUGGAGAUUGGCUAUGUGGUAAUUGUAAAAACUUUAAUUUUGCAUAUAGAAAUAUUUGUAAUAGAUGUGGAUAGGUUUAAGAUGAAAAAAUUGAUAUGGUCCAUCCAUAAAUCACACCAGAAGCUCUUGAUUUAAUUCAUGAACUUAAUCACCAAGGGAAGAAAAAAACUCCAAUUCGUACAGUUGAUGAUGUGAAGAGAACGUUUUAAGAUUUCAGCUAGAACAAAGAAAAUUUAAAAAAUAUUUCAAAUACCAGCACACAAAAUUAAUAAUACUAAUAGUAAAAAAUAUAAAAUAAAAGUCCCUACUCAGUAAUAUAGUAAGAUAAUAAAUUAUAGAUGAACUCAAGAAACAACUAGCGUUUGACUUACAAGUAACUUGAAGAGUAUGAAAAUUAACUAGCAAACUCAAAAUAAAACUAAGAAAGCAAAUUAAUUACAAAUGAAUCUUAGAAUAAAAAUAUUAAUAAAGAAAACUAAACCAAAAAUGAUGUCAUUGGAAAUUAGAUUAUCUUUAUUGAUAAUUCUAGUGCACAACCUCUUUCUGAAAAUGAGAAAGAAGGCAAAAACCCAAAUGCAGACCAAAAAGAAAUUAAAAGUAAUACUGUUAAUCAAAAUAGCAAAUAAAAUAAAGAAUAAACUUAAUUAAAUAAUAACUAAAGAAAGAGAGUUGUCGACCCUCGAAUUUAAAUGCGAUGA